AGCACGCUGAAUCCAACGGCGGUUUCUAAUUUCAACAAACUUCUUAUCUUCCUCCCUUUUAUUCUUUUCCUUAUUGGCAAGGUGGCGCGUGCCUUCUCAACGUCUUUUCAGUUAGUCUCCAACAUUGUUUUGUCCCCAAAGACCAUUCUUUUGAUUUAAAGGUUGCUUCUGGAAAAGCUGGAGUGUUGUUAAAUGUUACACAGGCUCAUGACAUCGUAUAAGCUUGAUCCUGACGUUGUUCGCUGGGGUCUCCAUCUCUUGGAUGAUGUUUGUACUCUUUCGAAUGAUAGUUCGCACAGUACUGUUACUCGUUAUGACCAGGAUUUUAGUCAAGUAGAGUAUGUUAGAGAAGGUUAUAUUGAGCCUUGCAUUGUGGAGAAUGAUGAGAUUAUAGCUCAGACGUACCAAGAAGAGUUAUCGAGACUUGCUUCUGCAGAAGCAUCAGGAGUUUCUGGUUGUGAAGAUGGGAAUUUGGAGUCGUCAAUUCUAGGGCAGGAUUGGCUUGGUCCUUCAAACAGACACAGUGGUUCUGGGCUUCAAAAUGUUCAGGAUACAGUGAAUGAUUUUGACAUAAAGAUAGACACUGAUGAUUAUAGAGAUAAAGAAAAUGAGGCAGAUGAUCCUAGGAGACACGGAAGCGAGGAAGCAAACGAUCAUAGUGAAGGAGAAUGCUCUGUCAAUAGGGAAGACUUCUUACAUUCAUUGGACAUAACAGAUGAAUCUACUCUUGAUGGUGAAGUGGGGAGAAGAUUGAAUCAGUUGGUUUCUGUUCCUCAUAUUCCUAGAACGAAUGAGAACAUACCCUCAGCUGAUGAAGAGAUAUCAGAUCAUCAAAGGCUGUUAGAAAGACUGCAGUUGUAUGAUUUGGUGGAGUGUAAGGUCCAGGGAGAUGGUAACUGUCAGUUUCGUGCUUUAUCAGAUCAACUCUAUCGUUCUCCUGAGUACCAUGGUGUUGUAAGAGAACAAGUUAAUCAACAGCUCAGGAGUCACCCAGAAAUGUAUGAGGCUUAUGUUCCUAUGGCUUAUACUGAUUAUCUAAAGAAGAUGAGCAAGAGUGGUGAAUGGGGUGAUCAUGUCACAUUGCAGGCUGCGGCAGAUUCGUAUGGUGUCAAGGUAUUUGUAAUAACUUCCUUCAGGGAUACAUGUUACAUUGAGAUCCUUCCGCAUGUUCAAAAGUCCAACAGAGUUAUUUGCUUGAGCUUUUGGGCUGAGGUGCACUACAAUUCAAUUUAUCCUGAAGGAGAACUUCCUCCACCAAGCUUAAAGAAAAAGAAGAAAUGGUGGAAUUUUUGAAGCCAGGAAUCCACAUUUGCGACGAGUCUCACUUUUCUGUUGAGGAAGCUUCAGUUUUGAUGUGUUCUAUCCUUUGCUUGUCCCCGUUGGUGCAGCAUUUGCACUGAAACCUGAUGCUUUUCUGCCUUGGCUCCUUCGUACAUAUUACACAUUCUUUGAUUUAGAUUUUUUUUAUUUUAUAUUUACAUACCUUCGAUAAUGUUUGAGGAUUUGCCAUUCCUUUUUGUACAUAAAUAAUUACUUAAUAAUUUCAGCGUUUCUAAUUUCUAGUUCUUAUAA